CAUCGGUACCAAAUUCCCGUAUUUCUUAUCAUCGCGACUGAAUUUCCUGAGAACCAGAGGUCUGCAUCUUUUUCCUGUAUCUUCAAUCCAUCGACAGAUCAUGCCAAUAUCGGCUCUGUUUUUCCAUUCCAUAUAAUCUAAGGCGUUAAUGUUUUCAUGCUGCGGAGUAUAGCUGCUGACUGUCUGAAAAUGUUCAAAAAUACGUUUCAGUCCGGAUUUCUCUCUAUACUGUACAGCCUUGGGAGCAAACCUCUCCAGAUAUGGGAUAAAGAAGUUUCUAAUGGCCACAUCAAACGCCCUCAGGAUGAAGACAUCCAAUCAAACGUUCUUGAAAUUGUUGGAUCGAAAGUUCAGUCUACUUAUAUAACAUGCCCCGCGGACCCAGCUUCUACAUUGGGUAUAAAAUUGCCAUUCUUGGUCAUAAUCGUGAAGAAUCUCAAGAAAUAUUUUACUUUUGAGAUUCAAGUUCUGGAUGAUAAGAAUGUCAGAAGACGCUUCCGAGCUUCGAACUUUCAAGCUAUCACUAGAGUUAAGCCAUAUAUCUGCACCAUGCCUCUAAGGAUGGAUGAAGGUUGGAACCAUAUCCAGCUAAAUCUGGCUGACUUUACUAGGAGGGCAUAUGGGACGAACUAUGUUGAGACUUUGCGAGUUCAGGUACAUGCAAACUGCCGGUUGAGGAGGAUUUAUUUUGCUGACCGCUUGUACUCGGAGGACGAGCUUCCACCAGAGUUUAAGUUGUACCUGCCUACACAGAGAGCUUGACAAGGUUUUUGCCGUGUAGCAAACGUCAUUGCUUUUUACUUCUUGGGGAGCCUGAAGUUGUAACACUACUCCCUCUUACUAGAAGAUUCUAUCCUCCAAUCCGAACGAACAAAUCACCAUGAAGUUUUGUGUUCUAUCUAAAUAAAUCCGCAUAGAACUCAGUGAGCUUGUGGAGGUUUUGUUCUGUGUUGCCGUGAUCUAAUUAGUAAUUAUCUUCGUAGGCUUGUUCUUAGAAUUUUUCUCAGCUGUGCAAAUCAUCAUACUAUUGCAUGCUAUUAGGUGGUGUUUGUGGCUUGAUGGUUCAUACCACUGUACAACUGAUUAUAAUUAAUUAUGAACGAAUCUAGGUUGGGUUUUGAUCUA